AUGUCUCAGUUCGAACACACCUCACUAUGGUGGCCCGAAGACCGCAUCAAAUCUACUCUCGACGCAAAAUAUAUCGUCAGUCGUCUGCGACAAGAGAAUAUCCCCCGUCUCUUUGAACUACCGGACUGGGGCGAAGGGUUGACCAGCGAAACAUACAUGGAAUGGAUCCUCACAAAGGCCGGCCGUGUUUUUAUGAUCCUUGAUGCUAUCGGCAUUCCGGAUCGGAUUUUCGCGCUAGUCGACGAAUCCUGCGACGAUGAUGAUCUACCCGUCGCGGAGCAUAGCGUCGAUUUACUACACUUAUCCCCAGACGGGGAAGAUCUCGCCCUCGAGACGAGUUUCUUUCAUGCACAAUGGCGCUUCCUGGUUCGUGGUAUAGCGGAGGGAGACCAUGUCGUCUAUACUGAAAAUGAGGGUGUUCCGGUCGAAGCCGUACGCACCAAUACCAGCAGCGGGAUACACGGGCGUGAUGAUACGGUAGACAGGGUAGUCCUCGCCGGCUCAGUCUGUCGAGUCUACAUGCGAACGCAAGUGCAAGUCGGCGGCGCACCACAUUUCUUCUCAUCUGACGAGGUUAUCACUGAGAUCCGCAAUCUGAAAAGACUGUCGCACGAGCAUAUCGUCUCCGUCUUUGCGUCGUACCUCAAGGACGACAGCGUCUCGGUGCUUUUCACCGGCGCCACAGCAGAUCGAAACCUACACAGUUUCUUGACAGACGAACCUAUGUCCUUCAAACGACUAGAAAAAGAGCAACGUCGUCAGACCUUGAUUACAUGGCCCCACUGCCUUGCAUCUGCAGUCUGCUGGCUGCAUGCACGCGGCCACUCCCACGGCGCCAUCCGCCCUUCCAACAUCUUCAUCGAUGCAAACUUCCACAUCUGCCUCGGUCAAUUUCAAGCACUCGACUCCCUCCUCACCCCACCACAUGUCAAUGACCUCGAAGCAUACAAUUACUCCGCCCCAGAGCGCUGGACUCGUCCCGCAGCUCCGAUCAUCCAACAAAAGCCCGCACAGCCCUCCCAAACUCUCCUCCAAUCGGGAGGACGUACAAAGCGCAGACAACGACCAGCGCGUCUAGCUCUAGCCCCAUUAAACGAAAGCCCAUCUGCAUCUCCAGACAACACAAGACCAAACUCAGCGGCCUCAAAAGGGACAGUGGUCCGCCUCGGCCGAACAAGUUCCCCAUCACGAUUCUCCCUCGCCUUCUCAUCCUCCUCUUCAUCCUCCGAGGCCUCCUCAGCAGCCUCAUCCACCCACACAGACGCAACAGCAACAUCACCACAACCAAUGAAACAACGCAUCUCAUCCUUCUGGUCGCGAAGAACAAAGAAUACCCCCUCAGCCCCAUCAAUAAUCUCAACAUCCACAUCCUCCUCCUCAAAUACAUCAACCUUAACAUCCCCAAAUCCCCAUACCUCCCCUUCAUCAACCCUCUUCCCAAUCCCACCUUCCUCCCUCCGCCACUCCAAAUCCGCACAUUCCCUCACAUCGUCCUACAAAAGACCCAUACCAUCUUCCUCCUUUGAACCACCGGCAGAUCCCCACAACCCAGCAGACAUAUUCUCGCUCGCAGCAAUAACCCUCGACAUCCUCACAGUCCUGCACAAAAGAACCCUCACAUCCUUCAGCACGCACCGCAGCGCGCGGAACAGGUCCGCAGGUCGCGGCGGCGGGAUAGCAGAUGCGUCCUUCCAUCUUGCUAAAAAUGGCGUGCAGGUUCAAUCAUGGAUUGCGUUAUUAGAGGGCGAUGCCUUGAAACGUUGUCGACGGGAUCGACGCUCCGAUCGUGCUUUCUGGGCUGUGCCGAAGAUGUUGAUUGUUGUUCGUUCCAUGCUCGAUUUCGAGGGUGGGAAUAGACCGCUUGCGAAACGUGUUAGACGGGGUUUUGGGGAUGCUAUUACCAAAGGACGGGGUGGGGGGGAUAAAGAUGGGAUGGGGGUUUUGCAUUGUGUUAAGGAGAAAAGGGAGAAAGAGGAGGAGAAGAAGAAGAAGAAGAAGAAGGAGUGGGGACGGAAGGGGAAUGGAGGGUUGGAGGUUAUUCGGGAGAUGGGGACUGGGAGAAGUGCUCUUUCGAGGAGUGCUGUUUCUCUUGCUUCUUCUGUUCCGUUGGGAGUUUCUGAGGGGUCGAUCUGCGGAUCGGUUUCGGAGUUCGAUUUUGGGUUUGGAGAUGCUGGGAGUGAGAGUGAGAGCAACGUUGAGGAGGGGGAUUUUGUUGAUUUUGAUAUUGAGGAAGAAGAUCUUUCGGAGUUUGAAGAGCCGGAGAUACGAGUGGAAAAGGUCUCGCCUCAGCUGUAUUUGCCAGAGUUGGAUAUGAACAUUACUGGGAUAGAAGGGUUGACGUUUAAUAAGUAG